AUGGCAAACAUAAUGAGUGAAAAAGAAGGUUGUGUUGUGAGCAUAUCGCAUUGGGAUACAUUGCGAAUACACGCAAUAUCGUGUGUUAUUGGCAGCUGGGUUGUUUUCCGAAGACUCGUCAGAUCAUUAUGGAGCCCAUUAAAUCUAAAUCUACAGGAUAGAGAGAAACCUCCUCAAUGCCUGGUUGACUCUUCACUGGGGCAACAUUCGUAUAUAAAAGUCAAAGGUGCCAAGCUACAUUAUGUAGAAGCUGGUUCACGAAGUAAGCCGAUGCUUUUGCUCUUGCAUGGUUUUCCUGAUUGCUGGUUAACAUGGCGAUACCAGAUUCCAGCACUCGUAAAGCAUUUCAGGGUUGUUGCUCUGGAUCUUAAGGGAUUUGGUGACUCAGAUAAGCCAGCCUGGAGGAGGAGCUACCGUGUUGACACAUUACUGGCAGAACUGAAGGAACUGAUAACAGCUCUUGGAACCUCAAGCUGUACAGUUGUUGCUCAUGACCUUGGCGCAUUAUUAUGUUGGUACCUUGCACACCAAUACCCUGAUAUUGUUGAAAAAUUUGUGUGCAUAUCGUGUCCUCACCCAAAUGUUUACUGGAGUACAGUUCCAAGAGAGAGUGUUUUCAACUCGAGCUGGAUCAGUUUCAGUCAACUCCCUUACUUACCAGAAACAGAAGCCUUAAGAAAUGGUCUGAGCAUAAUCAAUCAGCGAUACCCUCAUCUUCAAAAAAAGAGUGAUGCGGAUGAUUAUCUUGUAGCAAACAAAUAUGCUUUUUCUAGGAAAGAGGAUUGGACUGGAGCCAUCAACUAUUUCAGAAACCUACCUUUUCAAAGAAUAAGUCCUGUUUGUGAACCAGUGAAGGCACCGUGCAUGUUCAUUACUGGCAAUCGGGAUCCAUGUCUCACUCUGGAAAGUAUUGUCACAUCAACAGAGUUCACAGAAAAAUUCCUUGUAAAAAUUGUAAAUGAAACUGGACACUAUCCUCAUCAAGAGAAGCCUGAAGUGGUCAACAAAAUGAUAAUUUCAUUUCUUAAUGUUAAUGAAUCUCCAGAGAAAGUGGAUAAACCUGUUCAAAAAGGUCUGAUGGACCGCAUGUUUGGAGCAGUCGCAUCUACUGUGAAAUAUGGAAAUCAAAUGUUUGAUGUUGUUCAGAAGACUAGUAAUAUAGUACCAGGAUUGCAGCGAAAAUCUUCAGUACUGGGACAGAGUGCUAGCUGAUAACACCAUUAAAGGUAAAAAAUAGGGGUUUUCCAGGUUCCUUCAGAAAUCUGGUGGAAAGUCUGAUCUCUUGUUAACUACAUGAGACACAUAGUUCACUGUUCAUGUAUCUUUUGUAGUUGUUUUACAUUGUCCUGAUAUGUAGAACGUUGGAGUCAAAUCUUCAUUUUCUUAUAAUAUUUUAUACAAGGAGUAUAUUUGUAUG